UUGAGCGAGCGGUGAUCAUCGUUCUCUCACGAACUCUUUUAGGAUAUACCAAAACACUGAGCAUUAUGUUACUUUUAGCAGUUAAACUUCGGAAAACAGGAUAUAUUAAAUUAAAUGUAAGAGAAGGAUAUUAAGUUAAAGCUGAUGAAUGAAUCAGUGACGUGUGAUAUUUACGAGCUCCUAGUCAAUUCGAUAAUAACUUUGAUUUAGUUUAUUUAGGCUAAUUUAGGUAAAUGAGACAACCUCUCGUUCAGAUGUUAUAAUGGGGAUUUAUCGUUGGAUCCUGCUCGCUUUAGUGCACUACAAUGUGGGGGUUCACGGGUUAAGGUUCACCAAAAGCCCCUCCAACCUCACAGUAACUCAGGGUAACGUAGCCCGUCUAGGCUGUGCAUUUGAGGGCUUGAGUGAACCGGAAAUUGUAUGGAUGAAGGACGGAGAGAAGCUCUACAGCACUGAUCAGAUGUACAUCACAAUAGAUACACAUCACUGGGAGACCUACCAAAGUGUUAAAUCCAUUCAGCAGCAGGAUGCUGGGAAGUAUUGGUGUGAGGUUGAACAUCAUGACACCGUCAUCUCAUCUGAGCCUGCUUGGAUUACAGUGGAAGGUGUGCCUCAUUUUCUGGUGGAACCCCAGGAUGUGGCCAAAUUCGCAGGGGAGCCGUUUAACUUGACGUGUGCUGCAUCAGGCCCUCCAGACCCUGUUGAGGUUCUGUGGUGGCUUGGGGGUGAACAGAAGGGUGAUUUCAUGCCCUCACCCUCAGUUCUCUUUGUUAAAGGUGUGAAUGAGAGUAUAAAGUUUUACUGUGAGGCCAAGAACACCCGUGGUAUCUCUGUGUCACGCACAGGCACUAUACACGUUAAAGUCCGGCCAGAUUUCCCACGGAAUGUUGAGGUGCACCAGGCAUCUGAUAGUAACGUAACCCUAACGUGGAGUCCAGGUUUCAAUGGACACUCGCACCUUUCCACUUGCACUAUACAGAUGUCAAAUGGAACUGGAAAGAAGGUGAAACUUCCUGACAUUAGCAUGGCAGUUCCUCCCUUCCAGUACAUGCUUAAUUCACUCAGCAGUCAUUCAAAUUACAGCGUGAGAAUCCGGUGUGAUAAUGAGGUGGGCUCUUCCCCCUUCUCUCCAUGGGUGGACUUUUACACUCCAGAGGCAGCACCACUUGCAGCUCCAAAGAACUUGACCUUUGAACUCACAGAGCAGCAGCUGAUUCUGUCUUGGGCGCCACUGAGAGAGGAGGAGCUACGAGGAAGGUUACUGGCAUAUAAAAUGCAGUGGAACCAGGAAGGAGAGAGACAGGAUGCCUUACUGUUUAAGGAAAACUACGCUCAUCUCUCAGGGGCAGGACGAUUCUUUAACGCCACCUUGCAGGUUGCAGCAUGCACAGUCGCAGGAUGUGGCCCAUGGAGCCAGUCUGUUCUCGUGAUGCCUGCCUUAGCCACACAAGCUCAAUCCCAGAGAGGCCACAUGUGGGUGGGGCUGCUUUUCGGCCUUCUUGUAGCCACCAUGGUGGGGCUUUUGCUGACCAUACUGGUACGCAAAAGGGGAAAAGAGACGCAGUUUGGGGCUGCAUUCACAACUCCAGGGACCGAGGUACCAGUUUCAUUUACAGCUGCCAGGUCCUUCAACAGGCAGUUUCCUGAGCUCCCAGAAUCCACAUUGGACAGUCUUGGAAUCAGCAGCGACUUGAAGGCCAAGCUACAGGAUGUUCUCAUCUCAGAAAGGCUCUUAACUCUGGGACACAUGCUUGGCAAAGGUGAGUUUGGCUCAGUGAGAGAAGCCUUCCUUAAAACAGAGAACAACUCAGUGCAGAAGGUUGCUGUGAAAGUCCUUAAAAGUGAUACCAACUCUUCCAGUGAUAUUGAGCAAUGUCUGAAAGAGGCUGCCUAUAUGAAGGACUUCCAUCAUCCAAAUGUCAUUCAACUCAUUGGAGUGAGUCUGCACCGGCGAGCUCCGCAGCGCUUGCCAGUUCCCAUGGUGAUUCUGCCCUUUAUGAAACAUGGAGAUCUACACACUUUUCUCCUCAUGUCUCGCCUCGGAGACGAACCCUUUACCCUCUCUCUGCAAAUUCUUAUCCAGUUCAUGCUGGAUAUCGCUCGAGGGAUGGAGUAUCUUAGCAGCAAAAACAUCAUCCACCGGGAUUUGGCUGCUCGCAACUGCAUGUUGAAUGAAAACAUGACAGUGUGUGUAGCAGACUUUGGCCUCUCCAAGAAAAUCUACAGUGGUGACUACUACAGACAAGGGUCUGUCUCAAAGUUGCCUGUGAAGUGGAUCGCUUUGGAAAGCUUGGCAGACAAUGUCUACACAACACAGAGUGAUGUGUGGGCAUUUGGCGUGACCAUGUGGGAAAUCAUGACUAGAGGCCAGACACCUUAUCCAGGUGUGGAGAACUCUGAAAUCUAUGAGUAUCUUAUCAAAGGAGAAAGACUCAAACAACCUCCAGACUGCCCAGCUGAUAUCUAUGAGAUCAUGCAUAGCUGCUGGUCUCCUGUCCCAAAGUGCCGCCCUAGUUUCCAACACCUAAUAGAGCAGUUGGAGCUCUUGUGGGCGAAGCUAAGUCCAGCUCCUGUGAAAGAGCCGUUGCUCUAUGUGAACCUGGAGGAAGAGGAUGGGGAACGGGCCUCUGGGGUAGAGGUUAAUACAGGGACCCAUAGAAGUGAGGAGCCCUUUUGGGGAGUACCCUGGCAGUGUGAAGGUAUGGAGGAAGAUGAGAAGAACUGGCUUAUGGUGUCAUCAGGGGCGGCCCUUGCUAUUGGUGGAGACUACCGGUAUAUCUUUGGUCCACACAGCAGAGGUAUUGAUGAAGAGAGCAGACAUUCUGAUGACGGCCAGUCAGAGGAUGUCAGGGACGAAGAAGAUUUCAUCAUUAAUGUGUGAUUAUUAGUUUCACAUUUUCUAUGAGUCAGUACUUUGGGGCUGGUAAUAGUCGCACAAGUGGAGAAGGAUUUUGUAAAAGAACAAAGAGUCCAUAAAAUGCUAAGCAUUCCUAAGAAGUCAUACUGGGGAAAUUCCUGGAAUAAUGCUUAAUGCAAAGCACCUUUUCCUUGGGCCUUAUGGACACAAUCAGCUGUUAAUACUUAUAUAUAUGUUGACCAAUUUCAAUGGCAAUAGAUAUUCACUUACUAAUGACUGUAAAAAUGGCAGUAUUUCACCAGAUAGAACAUUUACAGAAAAAUCUGUGAUUUAUGAUGUGUAAAAUGUUAAUCUAAUUCCUGACAAAAAAGUGUACCAAGUGAUAUCAAAUAAUUUUGACCCAUCCUUACAAGGACCCAUUGAAAGAUUUUUUUUUUAUAUACACUCACCUAAAGGAUUAUUAGGAACACCAUACUAAUACUGUGUUUGACCCCCUUUCACCUUCAGAACUGCCUUAAUUCUACGUGGCAUUGAUUCAACAAGGUGCUGAAAGCAUUCUUUAGAAAUGUUGGCCCAUAUUGAUAGGAUAGCAUCUUGCAGUUGAUGGAGAUUUGUGGGAUGCACAUCCAGGGCACGAAGCUCCCGUUCCACCACAUCCCAAAGAUGCUCUAUUGGGUUGAGAUCUGGUGACUCUGGGGGCCAUUUUAGUACAGUGAACUCAUUGUCAUGUUCAAGAAACCAAUUUGAAAUGAUUCGAGCUUUGUGACAUGGUACAUUAUCCUGCUGGAAAUAGCCAUCAGAGGAUGGGUACAUGGUGGCCAUAAAGGGAUGGACAUGGUCAGAAACAAUGCUCAGGUAGACCGUGGCAUUUAAACGAUGCCUAAUUGGCACUAAGGGGCCUAAAGUGUGCCAAGAAAACAUCCCCCACACCAUUACACCACCACCAGCCUGCACAGUGGUAACAAGGCAUGAUGGAUCCAUGUUCUCAUUCUGUUUACGCCAAAUUCUGACUCUACCAUCUGAAUGUCUCAACAGAAAUCGAGACUCAUCAGACCAGGCAACAUUUUUCCAGUCUUCAACUGUCCAAUUUUGGUGAGCUCUUGCAAAUUGUAGCCUCUUUUUCCUAUUUGUAGUGGAGAUGAGUGGUACCCGGUGGGGUCUUCUGCUGUUGUAGCCCAUCCGCCUCAAGGUUGUGCGUGUUGUGGCUUCACAAAUGCUUUGCUGCAUACCUCGGUUGUAACGAGUGGUUAUUUCAGGCAAAGUUGCUCUUCUAUCAGCUUGAAUCAGUCGGCCCAUUCUCCUCUGACCUCUAGCAUCAACAAGGCAUUUUCAGCCCACAGGACUGCCGCAUACUGGAUGUUUUUCCCUUUUCACACCAUUCUUUGUAAACCCUAGAAAUGGUUGUGCGUGUAAAUCCCAGUAACUGAGCAGAUUGUGAAAUACACAGACCGGCCCGUCUGGCACCAACAACCAUGCCACGCUCAAAAUUGUUUAAAUCACCUUUCUUUCCCAUUCUGACAUUCAGUUUGGAGUUCAGGAGAUUGUCUUGACCAGGACCACACCCCUAAAUGCAUUGAAGCAACUGCCAUGUGAUUGGUUGAUUAGAUAAUUGCAUUAAUGAGAAAUUGAACAGGUGUUCCUAAUAAUCCUUUAGGUGAGUGUAUAUAUAUAUAUAUAUAUAUAUAAGCUGUUGGAAGUCUAAAUUAUGUUUGCUGGUCAUCAUAUUUAACCCGGAACAUUCCUUUAAACUGUACAGCUGACCCUCAUCAGAGCAUUCUGUGAAUGGGACAUCAAGGGACAUUAGGUUUGAAUUUAUGCAAGUUGUAUUUUUGUCUGUGUGCUGUGAUAGUUCCAGACACCAAGCAUUGUAGCACAGAAUAAAGACUUGUUUUUAUUAAUUGUUUUGAACCUAUAGUGGGUUCUAGAUGAGAUGUAUAGUAUAUAUAAUCUGUGAUGUCUCAUUUGACUUGUAUUAAGGGCAUUUCUAAAAUCUUAUUCAUUGUAGCUGUUGUAUUUUAGUUCCUCUGUGCACAGCCGAAAGUCAGCCUUGAUUUUAGUGUUAGAUCAUGUAACAAACUUCACAAGUUUGUUGUGGAUGUUUGGAUGUAACUUAGACAUCUUUCAGUGUUAUUAGCUCUUAUACAUAAGGCUGCCUGCUUCUACACCGAUCAGCCACAACAUUAAAACGCCUGCUUAAUAUCUUGUAGAUCCCCCUCUUGCCACCAAAACAGCUCUGACCUGUCAAGGCAUGGACUCUACAAGACCUCUGAAGGUGUCCUGUGGUAUCUAGCAUCAAGACAUUAGCAGCAGAUCAUUUAAAGGACUUAAGUUGCGAGGUGGGGCCUCCAUAGAUCAGACAUGCUGAAAGAGGCCACCAGGGAAUACCGUUGCCAUGAAGAGGUGUAUGUGGUCUGCAACAAGCUUUAGGUAGGUGGUAUGUGUCACAGUAACAUCCACAUGAAUAUCAGGACCCAAGGUUUUCUCAGCAGAACAUUGCCCAGAGCAUCACACUGCCUCCGCUGGCCUGCCUUCUUCCCAUGGUGCAUCCUGCUGUCAUCUCUUCGCCAGGUACACGGCGCACAUGCACCCAGCCGUCCACAUGAUCUAAAAGAAAACGUGAUUCAUCAGACCAGGCCACCUUCUUCCUUUGCUCCAUGGUCCAGUUCUGACACUCACGUGCCCAUUGUAGGUGCUUUUGGCAGUGGACAGGGGUCAGCAUGGGCACUCUUGCUUGGCCCAUACGCAACAAGCUGCGAUGCACUGUAUGUUCUGACUCAUUUCUAUCAUCGCCAGCAUUACGUUUUUCAGCAAUUUGUGCUAAAGUAGCUCUUCUAUGGAUCGGACCAGACGGGCUAGCCUUCGCUCCCCACACGCAUUAAUGAGCUUUGGGCUCCAUGUCGCCGGUUCAUCGGUUCACAAGACCUUCUGUUUUGGUGAUGCUCUGACCCAGUCGUCUAGCAUUUACAAUUUGGCCCUUGUCAAAGUUGCUCAGGUCCUUACACUUGCCCAUUUUUCCUGCUUCCAACACAUGACAUUCAAGAACUGACUGUUCACAUGCUGCCUAAUAUAUCCCACCCCUUAGCAGGUGCCAUUGUAACAAGAUAAUACAUUUUAUUAACUUCACCUGUCAGUGGUUUUAAUGUUGUGGUUGAUCAGUGUAUCAAAAUAAUGAAAUGUGCAACUAGUAUGUGAAAUAACUUGUAAUGUCAACAAAGCUAUGAGACUAAAACAUUGUAAUAUGGUUAGAGCUAUACAAAUUUCAACAGACAUUUGAGUCCAGACAAAACAAAACACUUAAUGUAGGCAAAAAGAUAUUCAUUGUUUGCCGAUUGAUGAUUUAUAUGUUGAAAAUAGCAAGAGUAUUGCACAGAAUAAGUCAUGUUUGUUAUCUAUGUGGUGUUUACAACUGUGAACUUGUACAUGUAUAGUUGUCUUGCAAUUUAAGAAACUGUAAAUAAAUAUGAAAA